UUUUUAUAUAGUCGAUCAAUAUGGGAAUCGAAAAAUAUUUCAGUCCAUCACAAAUAAAGAAAAAGGAAUCUACUAAUGAUCUCAAAAGAAUAGCAAAAGAAGAAGCUAAUGAAGACGAUGAAUUUCAAGCACCCAUUUUAAAGUCAAGACAUUUUACCUCAAAGAACACAGAACAAAUCAAUCCUAAAGAUUUUUUUGAGUCUAAAUCAAAAACUUCGACAAAGCCUGUAUCCAAGACGACAAAAGUAAAGGCAACUGAGAAAGUAAUAGUACCAAAGAAAGAAGAGACUAGUUCUAGAAAGCAUAAAAUUAUUAGUAAAGAUGAUGAUGAUUAUAAAGAAGAUAAUGAGGAUAAUAAUAGCGAUAAUGAUUAUAAAGAAGACAGUGACGAAGCAAAACCCAUUUCUCGUCCACAAAAGAAGAUUAAGCCUAAUUCUCCUAAAAAAGAAACUGAAGAGAAACCAAAACCUGCAGGCAAAAAAAACUAUUUCGCCAUGUUGAAAAACCAAGAACCACCUAAGGCAUUAGGUACUAGACCUGAGCCUGUAGGAGCUCCUAAUUGUUUAGGUGGUCUUACUUUUGUUAUCUCUGGUCAAUAUGAAACAUUAACAAGAGAUCAAACUAAAGACAUCGUUAUGCGUUAUGGAGGUCGUGUAACUACUGCUGUAAGUGGAAAGACCAAUUAUUUGUUACUAGGUAGAGAUGCAGGUGAAAGUAAGAUAGCAAAAGCUAAAUCAUUAGGUACAAAAAUCCUUGAUGAAGAUGCAUUUUAUAAAUUUGUUGAAUCUUCUGCUCCUAAAAAGGAAGCACCUAUUCCUGCUAUACCUGCACAGGAUAAGGGGAAAGAUAAAGUAACUAUAAAGGAAAGUCCAGCUAAUGGAACUAAAAAGACCGAAACAAAUAGCCAACAAUUAUGGACAGAAAAAUAUAAACCAAAAGAACUUAAAGAGAUUAUUGGUAAUAAAGAAUUAGUUCGUCGUAUCUCAGAAUGGUUAGGAAAUUGGCAAAAAAAUUAUUCUGAAGGAUUUAAAGGAAAUGGAGAUGAAAUGAAUCAGUUUCGUGCUAUUCUUAUCAGCGGACCACCUGGCAUCGGUAAAACUACUACUGCUAAUGUUGUUGCUGCUGUUAAUGGAUAUGAAGCACUUGAGUUCAAUGCAAGUGAUGCUCGUAGUAAAAAAGUUCUAGAGGAGAAUAUAACUGAAAUGAUAGAUAAUCGUACUAUGACUGAAUUCCUUAAAUCUAAUAGAGAGAAAAAGACUGAAACUAAAUUUACUAAUGGAAAGAAAGUUGUAUUAAUUAUGGAUGAAGUUGAUGGUAUGACAGCAGGCGAUCGUGGUGGAUCAGCAGAAUUAGCCAUGUUAAUUCGAAAAACAAAAAUACCUGUUAUUUGUAUAUGUAAUGACCCAAGAUCAACCAAAGUAGCACCUUUAUUGAGAGUUUGCUUUGAAGCUAAAUUUAAGAGAACACCAGCUGCUCAAAUUCGCUCUAGAAUUCUUUCUAUAGCAUUCAAGGAAGGCCUUAAAAUUCAGCCAAAUGCUGUUGAUGAGCUUGUAUCUUUAACACAGAAUGAUAUUCGACAAAUUAUUAAUAUCCUGUCUACAUAUCGUCUAAAAGAAUCUGAUAUGACUUAUGAUCAAGCAAAGGCAGUUGGUAAAAAUAACCAGAAAUAUUCUAUUCUCAACUUAUUUGAUAUUCCUAUCGAACUUUUGUCAAGCAGCAAUUGGAGAUCAAAGUCUUUAAAUGAGAAAUAUGAUAUUUAUUUCCAUGAAUAUAGUCUUUCUCAUUUAAUGAUGUUUGAAAAUUAUUUAAAAUGUGUACCUGAAAAAGCAGCUUCUCGAACUGGUAAUGCUACUGAGACAGACUGUAAUCAUAUGGAUUUAAUAGCAAAGGCGGCUAAUGCUAUGGCAGAUGGUGACCUUGUAGAUACAAUGAUUCAUGGUACUGUUCAACAUUAUUCAUUAAUGCCAGUUCAUUCUAUAUUUUCUUGUGUAAGACCUGCAAAUUAUAUGGAAGGUAGUCUUCGAACUAGAAUGAAUUUCCCUGGAUGGCUUGGUCAAAAUUCAAAGGCAGGAAAAUAUGCUAGAGCAUUAAGUGAUGUUCAAACACGUAUGCGCUUAAGAGCCUCUGGUGAUAAAUAUGAAAUUAGACAGAAUUAUAUUCCAACAUUAAAUGAACGUAUAUUUGGUGAUCUAGAAAAGGAAAAUUUUGAAGGAGCAAUGGAGAUUAUGGAUACAUAUUAUCUUGACAGAGAAAAUUUAGAUACAUUAAAUGAAUUAGUUUUUACUGAAUCAGGAAAAUUACCACUUGUACAAAUCCCUACUAAGGUUAAAACUGCUUUUACAAGAGAGUACAACUCUAAAAAUCAUCCUAUCCUAUUCCAAGUUGGUGGAGUACCAAUUAAAAAAAUUGUGUCUGGACCUAAAGAAGAUGCGGAAGGAACAAUUAUUGAAGAAGAUGAACCUAUUGGCGAUGACAGUCCUGUUGAAGAAGAAUCAGUAAAUGAAGAAGAUGCUAUGGAUUCAAAAUACAUUAAAGAAGCGUCAUCGAAGAAAAGAAAGACUACAGGAACUGGAAGUAGUUCAAAUUCAAGAAAGUUGAAAUCUAAAAAAUAAAUACAUUAAUAAAUAAAAUCUUUAAGCAAGGCAAAUCAAUUAUUUAAUAAGAGGAUGAUAAAUCCUCCGGAUCUACAAUCUUUUAUUAUAGCAGCUAUUGUUGUAACCCCUACAAUUUCGUUUCCU